GACGUGAGUGGGCUUGUUGUAUACNAUAAGAAGAAAACAAAAAAAUUGAAAAAAGGUCCAUUCAUUCCUUGGCCAUUCCGUCGUCAAAUUAGUAAGCAAAACGUGAACCAGGAAGAUAAGAAUUGUGUUUCCCGAGGUCAACUGUUCGGUCAGUCAUUGGAAAAAGUGUGUCAACAAAGUCUACCGAAGCCUAUAUCGGCAAUUUUAGAUCAAUUGUACGAGAAGGGACCUCAUACCGUUGACAUCUUUCGAAAAUCGGCUACAACCAAGGCAUGUAAAGAAAUGAAGACAGCUUUAGAUAAAAAUCCCGAUUAUAAAAUAGAAAUGAAGCCAACUAUUGUUUUGGCUUGUGUAUUAAAGGAUUAUUUGAGAUGUUUGCCUGAUUGUCUUCUAUCUUCUAAUUUGUAUGAGGAGUGGUUAGAAACUGUUGAUAUUCAACCAGAAUGGAAAAGAAAAGAAACUGUUACCAAUUUGUUGAAUAGAUUACCCCCUCAAAAUAUUCAACUUCUUAAACAACUUUUGUGUGUUUUAUGGAAGAUAAGUCAAUAUUCUUCAGAAAAUAAAAUGACUUCAUAUAAUCUUGCUGUUUGCAUGGGCCCUACUCUGUUAUGUCCUACUGAUCCUGGAAAGUCUUUUUUGAUGUCUGAGGAUGUAUCAAAAAAGACACCAUCAUUAGUGUGUUAUCUUAUCGAUAAUUGGCCAGUUUUAUUUCACGAAGAAUACAAUCAAAUCAUGGACGAAAGGCAGGAUUCUGGAGCGGAAGAAUCUGAUAGUUUUCACGGUGGAGGAGGUGGUUUCAGAAGAGAUGAUUCUUCAGUCGACAGUUUAGAAAGAGAUUGUUUAGAAACGAGUGCGAAACUUUCGCUUACAAAUAUAAGCCGUGAUUCUGGUCUAACUUUAAGUGACACACAAUUAUACAACGAAAACGAAGAAUGCACAAAAAGUGUUCCCCAUUUAUCCUCAAUCAGUGGAACGUGCUGUCAAGUUGUAAGAAGACGUAAGUUAGUUCGAACUGAUAAAACACCAACCAAAUGGUGUCACAGUAUGCAAAAUCCUCAUCUGGCAUCGGAAGAUUCCUUAUUUCAAAAGCGGCCGGCCCUUCAUCGUAAAGGGAGAGCUCCAUCUCCACCCAUGAAACCACUCAAACCUUCAUCUCCUCAUCCCAGAAGAUUGUUAUACGGUCACAGAGCGGAUCGUCACGCGGUAUGGUUCGCAGCUCAUUGCAGAUCACCAGGAUGGAAACGAAGUCAAUCUACCUCCCACAUCGAUCUCAUCGAUUCGGAUGGCGAUAACACGCCUAAUAUAUCCAGAAGCAGUUCACUAGUGCGCGAUUCCUCAACCAUGAAAGCCAACGCCGAUAUGAGGAAGCAAGAACAAUUAUCAUUAAGCGCCAAAGCUAAACAAUUAUACGAAGAAUCGGUACGACUCUAUAACGAGCAAUUAGCCGAUACCCAUAGGGCAGUAUUGGUUAAAGUAGAUAGCGAGGACAAUUUAGAUUCGUCUCCAAAAAUACACAGAUGCUUACAGAGGGCCGUCAGCGAGGGCACGUCGGUUCGGCUUCGACAUUUGCCACCGGUUCACGUGAGUGACGCUCAAUUGGCUCAACCAUCCAGAAGUCGUUCGGAAACGUGCCCUAACGAAAUCAGUUGGAGUGUUGCUCAAUUAAGGGCAAUGUUUGCGCACCCGCCACCUUAUCGUCCCCCUCCACCUCCCGUCGUUAGAACUCUUUCUUUGGACAGUAAAAACAGCGAGGAGGAAUCGUUCGUUUAAGUUAUUUUUCCAACCGGUAACAAUUGUACAUUAAUACUAACACAUCCUGUACAGUUUUUUGUAAGUAUUCAAUUAAACUAAAUUUAAAAGUAA